GUCGAUGCAAGAUGAGGUGGUUGGGGUGUAGGAGGUCUUGGGGGUUGCGUAAAGGUGGCGCAGUUUCAAGGAUCUUGAGUACUUGUGAAGUAUACAUGGACGACACUACUCUGCGCAGACUGCAGGUAUCAUGAGGCCUAGGUUCGAUCUCCCCUGAAAUUUGUCCCCUUUCUUGUCGUUAGCAUCGCGAUCGCCGUACCGAUACAAUUUACGACGACCUUGAAUCCGAACAGUAAAUCGACACCACCGCGCAUCGCGUGCACUCAUCUGGACAGCGAGAUUGCUUGCAAGAAACUCGAGGUCCCGAUCACCCAUCGAAACUCUGUCACAACAUCGUCAAAUAAUCUGUUCUCUACCACCAUUAUAGGCUUUGGCUCGCUCAUCUCGUCGGAAGGACGCCAGAUACAAAAGAUCAUGGACGCCAAAGGGAAAGAGAUCACCACAGGAUCAGAGAAGUCAUGGUUGACAUCAGAUUUCCAAGUGGUGUUGUGGUUCGUACUGUUAUGUUGUUUGUUUGAAGGCAUCGCAACAGGAUUUCGAUGGUGGCGAGGACCUCCAAGACUGGUGACAGAGCGGAGAAGAGUGGACAAAAAGACCGACAGGAGAGGCCCUGAGAAGGUCGACGAGACGGAUGAAGAUGAUGAGGACAACAUUCCAGUCCUUUGAUAGCGAGGCUGUCGUGUAACAGUAUAGAAAUGUUCUUGCU